GCAUAACGCACCUUACCACCAACCAACAACAACAACAACAUGAUCUCUCUGGUCGCCCUUUGUUUCUUGGCCGCAGCCUCCGCUGCUCCCCAAUACAACCCCUACUUCAACCGACCCGCCUACCCCAAUGCCCCAGGAGCUUUCGUCCCCAUCGUUUCUCAACACUACGACCUCAACCCCGAUCAAUCAUACACUUUCGAAUACACCUCAGCUGAUGGCUCCAGCAGACAAGAAACCGGUGCACCCCGAGUCCCAGGACCAGAAGGACCAGCUGUAACCGUCCAAGGAGCUUACAACUACCAGAGCCCCGAAGGUCCCGUCCAGGUCAGCUACGUCGCUGAUGAGAACGGAUACCAACCAACCGGACCAGGCAUCCACCCAGCCAUCCUCAAGUCCGUGGCCGUCCAGGUUGCCGAAGCUAGAGGAACCAACGCCUACCCAGGCCAAUACCCAGGAGCAUACCCAGGCGCCUUCCCAGGAGCCUACAGGCCGUACUAAACAGCUCAGGAUAAAAUCGACCAAGUACCCUCAAGUUACCGGAUCAUGUACCAUUUAGUAAUAAUAUAAGUGAUGAUACGUAUAGUUUUUUAUAUGUAAUGAUAAUUUUUAUAACGAUUUUAUAUGUAAAGAAUUGAAAAGCCAGUAAUAAAUUACUACUAGGCAACAUGGUGUUUUUUUUAGUUUUAGUAACCUUUCCCACACCAGAA